UUUUUAUAAAUAAUGUAAUAUAAUGGUAUCUUUUUAACUGUUUAAAUGUUCGAAUGCUCGUGAAAGUGUACAAUUUUUUUUUUAGAGAUUAUUUAUAUAUUAAAUCGAUUUUUCCCCCAAAAUACAAAACUUCGGCUAUAAAGUAUAAAAGUAGUCGUGGGUCGGACACAUUUCUUUUGUUUACCUCAAACAAAAACCAAAAAAACACAGCUGGAGAGUUAACAAAUAUCGCACAGAGUACUUCUCAGUGAAAUUUAUUUUUUAUCUGUGAAAAAAGAAUGUUUAUGCGUGGAAGUGUCUACUCUACUGUCUACAUUCCAGUUUGAAUUUUUUGUGAAAAGUGUGUUUAAACCACUGAUUACAUAUUAAGUACUAGACGUACUAGUUGUAAUUUUAGUGUCUCUUAAGAAUGCUGUUGAUAUGAUACACUGAGCGAAAUUUACUGAAUAUCGAAAUUUCAUAUCUAUUUUCAUUCAUAUUGAGUGAAUCUGAUUUAGGGUGCAAAUAUGUCGUCUCCAUCGAAACAUCGCUCCAAAAAGCAAUCGAAAUUCAAGAGGUUAAUGCACAAAAGGCUUCCAAUUUCAAAAUGGCUCCCAGAGUACAACUCAAGUAAAGCCGUUGCAGAUUUGAUAGCCGGGAUCACAGUCGGACUGACAGUCAUUCCCCAGGCUUUAGCGUACGCCACGUUGGCCGGGCUAGAACCACAGUACGGUCUCUAUUCGUCAUUCGUGGGCUGCUUUAUAUACAUCAUAUUUGGAUCAUGCAAAGAUAUCACCCUGGGCCCCACAGCUCUAUUGGCUCUCAUGACGCAUCAGCAGAUACUAGGAAGGAAUACAGACUACGCUAUAUUGCUCUGUUUUUUAUCCGGAGUGGUGCAGUUGGCUAUGGGAAUAUUGCACUUAGGCGUCCUCAUUGAUUUCAUAUCGGUGCCUGUAACCGUCGGUUUCACAUCAGCCACGUCUGUGAUAAUAGCCGUGUCGCAACUGAAAGGAUUACUCGGCCUACAAUUUGAGUCUGGUGGGUUUUUGGAUACUUUGAAAAAGGUUAUUACAAAUAUACCCAAAGCUAGAGUUGAGGACAGCACGCUGGGUAUUUCGUGCAUAGUCAUUCUGCUUUUAAUGAGAAAAAUAAAAGCUAUAAAUUUAUCACCCAGCAGAAAGGGCUUGAAGAAAACACUAUGGCUUCUGUCGACUUCCAGAAAUGCAGUCAUUGUUGUUCUGUGCUCCGUAGCGGCUUUUAUACUGAAACAAUAUCAAUUGACUCCGUUCAAGCUGACCGGAAAAGUUAAAGAAGGCCUUCCCUCGUUCAAGCUACCGCCGUUCAGCACGGAAUACGGCGGCAAAAAUGUCACCUUCAUAGAAAUGUGCUCCGAUCUCGGUUCUUCCAUAGUUUUAGUUCCUAUCAUAGCGGUAUUGGGCAAUGUGGCUAUUGCUAAAGCUUUUGCAAGCGGAGACUCGAUAGACGCGACCCAAGAACUGAUAACCAUAUCGUUUGCGAAUAUUUUUGGUUCGUUUGUUGGCGCAAUGCCGAUAACGGGUUCGUUUUCGAGAAGUGCUGUGAACCACGCCAGCGGUGUAGCAACACAGUUCGGGAGUAUAUACACAGGUGCUUUGGUACUUCUCGCCUUAAGUCUGCUCACUCCAUACUUCUACUACAUACCAAAGGCGGCACUCGCGGCGGUCAUCAUUUGCGCUGUGAUAUUUAUGAUAGAAUACGAGGUAGUGAAACCGAUGUGGCGUUCUCGUCGGGCCGAUUUAGUGCCUGCGUUCGCGACGUUCGCCCUGUGUCUGGCCAUCGGGGUGGAGCUCGGGAUAUUGGCGGGCGUGGCCGUGAACGUGCUGCUGCUUCUGUACCCGAGCGCGAGGCCACAGCUGGACUCUGAAGUCAUAACGAAUGGAUCGGGCUUUUCGUAUUUAAUGGUGACCGUUGGGAAUAGUCUAUAUUUCCCCGGAGUUGAAUACAUCAGGCAGUACGUUGAGAGGGUCGCUAAGAAGCAGGGCGGGUGCAGUAUGCCCGUCGUUAUAGACUGCAGAUAUGUUCUCGGAGCGGAUUUCACGGCAGCUAAAGGAAUGUGUUCAUUGUCAAACUCUCUGUCGUCGCGCGGUCAGCCUUUGAUCCUGCUUUCCCCGCGAGCCAGCGUCGCGUCGGUGUUCAGGAACGCGGGCUCCAGUGUGGUCGUCGUGCUCACUAAUUCUGAACUCGACACGACGCUACAAAACAUUACCGGCCAGGUACCUUUACUAGUGAUAAAUGGGCAGGAGAAACGCCAAACACCCCCGCCCAACUACGAGUCGUUAAGAGUCGACGAUGACGUCACAGAGAUAGUCAUAACCGACGAAAAAAAUACGACCCCUCUUCUAAACAGAAACGGAAACAAACCGCGCAGCAACGAGGUCAAUAACACAUGACGUCAUAGUACUAAAUAUCACCAGUAGACUUAGUCAGUACAAUGUAAAGUUGCAUGUAAUUAAUUAAUUAUAACAGUUUAGUUUUUUUCUAUUACGUUACGUAAACGCUGCGUUACCAGUAUAUAGUAAUAUUAAAAUUGAGGUGCUAUUUUUGUAUUAAUAUAAAAAAAUACUUAAUUAUUUUAAUGUUUUACACAAUUAGGCAAAUUUCUCAUUUCUCACAUACAUCAAACGGCUCUCUAAAAAUUUUUUUUUGUUGUUUAUUUCCUCAACCAGAUACUGUUAAUCGUAAAGGAUAUCUCGAAUUAUUUAUCGCAUUUAUAUUCUUAAAGUAUUAUAUUUGAAGCGAAUUAAUAAGUAAGUAUGCACGUGUAUGUUACGUCAUCGAAUCAUUGGUGAGCGUUCUUUUAAUCCAACUAAAGGCAGCCAAGCAUACCGCCCACCUAAUAGUAGUGGUAGGACUUCAGUGUGCUCUGUGCGAGUUUUUUAACGUUCUCGAUAGCGUAAAAGUUAACUCAAAUUUGUAUGCAGUUGGAACGUUUGCCGCUAGGGGCGCUGUUCCUAGUUACUAAUGGUCCCACAGUAGUCGAAAUACGACUAUAAUUAAUUGAAAUUAUAAGUUUGAACAUUAUUAAGGUUCUAUUAUAAUUCUAUAAUCACAGAUUUCGCCAAGACUAUACUAUAGACAAAUAAUAUUAAAGAUAAACAAUAUUAACCUAUUCUCAAUUUGACCACAGACUAUUUGCAAUAAUAACAAAAGUUUGACAAUAAACAAAGAGUAUAUCUAUGUGUGUGCGUACAUGGUAGUAUUUGUAAUGUUUUUUUUAUUGAUUUAAUGUAUUAUUAAAGCAUAGUUUUUUUUUAAAUAUAUUAGAAUUCUUCACUCCUUCUCUAUACACUCUGUAAGUGUGGAAAAUUUCAUACUCCUCCGUCCGCGCAAUUUUCGUAAAAAGGGGUACAAAGUUUUUGUUUCACGUAUUAAUAUAUAGAUUAGUUAUUUUGAGUUAACUGUUACGCUAUUGAGAAGCUAAAAAACUCACAAUAAGUACACUGGACGUCAGCAAAUCCGGGGAAUACAACCAGGAUGUAUUCCUCCUACCUUUGAAGUUUUCUCGAUCGUCGUUUGAAAAAGACAUAUCACGUACGAUGAGGAAAUUAUUUAAUAAUAAACCUCAGGUACAAUAGAAAUGCUUCCUAAUUAAUUAGAUGUGAUUUUGUACGUUUUGUAAGAAGUAAAUCAUUUUGUAAAGUGGCAACAUUCGUUGGAUAAUCAUACAGCCAUCAAUAUUUAAAAAAUAGCCAUUAUCAGAAAUAAUAGUAGAAAUAAAAGAGGUACUUACCAACUUAAAUUACUUCUUUUUAUUUAUUUCAGUAACACGUAAGCGUGCAAAUGUAUAAUUUACAUAUGCAUAUAAAUAUUAUUGCGUUCCACAAUUAACUUAUAUAAUAUUAUAACAAUUUCGAAUAUGUAAAAAGUUCCUGAAUAAAUACAUACCAUAGUGUAAUAAGUGAAUAAUAUUUUAUAAAUGUUUUAUAAAAUACGUAUAAUUAAGUACCUAAAUGAAUCGUAAAUAAAAAAUCAUGACAUACAAAAUUCACGAUUUUAUACCAAGUUUUUCGUAAAUAAUUGUUAUGUGCCAAAGAAAAUAAUACUAUUAUAUACAUUUUUUUUUAAUUCUUUUAUUCGCAAAAAGAUAGUUUAUUAAUAAAAUACUGUAACAAAAUGUAAUUUUGUUCGUAUUUAAUAGAAGAUAGAAUCUUCUAGAGUUUUCGAAAUAAUUAAAUACCGAAUCGGUUUGAUUUUCAAUAUUAAUUUAUUGUGUGCUCGUUUUGUGCUUUGAAACUUUAAUCAAGUACAUUCCUUAAAUAAAAAAUAUUCAAAAACUU